AUGGAUGCUACCAAGCAAGGCUCGCCCAAAGUACCAUCCGCAGCUGAAGAAGCACAAGACAACCUGGAUGAUCCAGCAACAAGAUCCCUACAUCCCAGACGGAAUCCGGGGCUUGGUGGGAAAGCUGGAGGGAAGGCGGCAAAGAAAGGGGAAACCGCGGAAGACGAGGAAAAGAAGAAGGACCCCAGUCUCAAUAUUACCAUCGACCUGGGCCUGGCGGUCAAGCUCAAGAUCGAACUCGACCUGGAGGUCCACGGGAGGGUGAAUAUUGGUCUGCUGUAG